AUGGCGUUCCUAAUCCUCGUGAUAGGGGAUAUGCACAUCCCCGACAGGGCGCUCGACAUACCGCCCAAGUUCAAGAAGCUGCUCUCGCCCGGAAAGAUUGGCCAGACACUGUGCCUGGGCAACCUGACGGACAAGCCGACGUACGAGAUGCUGCGCGCGAUCGCGCCGGACCUGAAGAUCGUCAAGGGCCGCAUGGACGUGGAGGCAACCUCGCUGCCGCUGUCACAGGUGGUGACGCACGGCUCGCUGCGCAUCGGCUUCGUCGAGGGCUUCACACUCGUCUCCACCGAGCCCGACGUGCUGCUGGCCGAGGCCAACCGCCUCGACGUUGACGUCCUCUGCUGGGGCGGCACCCACCGCUUCGACGCCUUUGAGUACAUGGACAAGUUCUUUGUCAACCCCGGCAGCGCCACUGGCGCCUACACCACCGGCUGGCUCGGCCCCAAAGAUGGCAAGGACGGUGAGGAGGAGAUCAACCCAAGCUUCUGCCUCAUGGACGUCCAGGGCAUCAGCUUGACCCUCUACGUCUACCAGCUUCGCAAGGAUGCCAAUGGUGUGGAAAAUGUUGCGGUGGAGAAGGUCACAUACACAAAGCCUGUCGAGCCUGCUUCCAGCUCGUAG